UGACAAAAAGAAGAGUGUCUUUUAAUCUUCCAAGCACUGAUGAUGAGAAUUAUGAUGAAAACUCAUGACCGUGACAAAAUUGCUGAUGUGUAUGACAGAAAUGCUUUUUUGGAAUCUCGCCCCAGACAGCACAACCAACCUUACAAAAGAGGAAGAGGAAAACGCGGAGGGGUGGAAAGUGGCAGAACCCACUCUCAGGAACCACCAAUCACAAGGAGCCGGUUGAAGCAUCGGUAGACCAUUUGACACCAAAGUGGACCUCUAUCGAUUCUAUAGAAGUCUACAUUUGAAGGCCUGGUACUCCCAGAACGCACAGGGUGCAGCUACCUACUCAACCACCACGGUAAACUCUUCUUUUCGGCCCAAGUCUACUUUUUCACCUUGUACCACCAAUCCCAUAUUGACUACUUUCACCAAAAAGGUGUCCUAUGAAGUAGAAAAGCUUUACAGUAAACAAAAAAAGAUCACCCAGCAUAAUCUUACACAAAAUGAAUCUCAAGCACUUAAGUGGCUUUCGGAGAGAGAUGAUAUAAUCAUAAAAAGUGCUGAUAAGGGUGGUGCUGUCUGUGUGUGGGACAAGAAGAAGUAUAUAAGUGAAGCUCUUCGCCAGCUAGACAACACUCAGUAUUACUCAAAGCCCUCAUCCAAUCCAAUGAACACUAUAAGAAGAGAGCAGGAGCAAUUGCUUAAUGAGGCAAAAUCACAUAAUUGGAUUACUAAGAGAGAAUAUGAGUUUUUGCUUUGUCAACACCCACGUUAUUCUACUUUUUAUAUGCUCCCCAAAGUCCACAAGGAUCUGGAAAAUCCACCUGGCAGACCGAUAAUCAGCGGGAAUGACUCAAUAACAGAACCUGCUUCCAAGUUUGUGGAUUAUUUUAUCAAGCCAUUUGUGGCAGAUUUACCUUCUUAUAUUCAAGAUACUACACAGGUUUUAAAGAAAAUUGAACAAAUAGGCAACAUAGGCUCCUGCAUUAUGGCCACAAUGGAUGUGGAGUCCCUAUAUAGCAAUAUUGUACAUAACGAGGGUUUAGAGGCUUUGAAACACUAUCUCUCAUCCAGACCUGAACAUUUGAUGCCUCCCAGUGACUUUAUAGUGCAACUUACUGAGUGGACUUUAAAGAACAACAUCUUUCUCUUUCAAGACAUAUUGUAUAGACAAGAAAAGGGGACUGCAAUGGGUGCUUGUUUUGCUCCCAACUAUGCCAAUCUGUUUCUAGGCUUAUGGGAGGAGCGCUAUAUAUUUUCCCACGUCAACCCUUUUAAAGAUAAAAUCUUGUGGUGGGGUAGAUAUAUUGACGAUGUGAUUUUGAUGUUCUCAGGUUCAGAAAAAGAACUUGUAGACUUCCAUGUAUAUGUUAAUAGCUUAAAUGAGAACCUUAAAUUUAGUUUGGAUUAUGAUUUACACACUAUCAACUUUCUUGAUCUACGGAUCUCAAAAGAUAAUGAGGGAUUCCUACAUACAUCUAUCUUCAGAAAGUCAACAGAUCGUAAUACCUUGCUGCAUGCUAAUAGUUUUCAUCCCCCAUGGCUUAUUGAUAACAUACCCUUUGGACAGAUCCAGAGACUAAGGCGUAUAUGUGAUUCAGAUCAGGAUUUCCAGUAUCAGUCUUUGGAUAUGCAGCGGCGUUUUCAACAAAGAGGUUACCAAACAAAAACUCUUGUUCAAGCUCAUAAUCGAGCCCAAUCACUUGAAAGGAAGAGCUUGCUUCAGUCUAGACCCAAUAGAGUAUCAACACAGAAACCCUAUUUUGUCACUCAUUACAGCAAGGAGGCUGUCCAGAUUAAACACAUUAUAAAGAAAAACUGGAACAUUAUUGAAUGUGACCCGACUUUACGGGAAAUAUUCACGGAACCCCCUGGAAUCAGUUUUAGGAGGGCCCCCACACUUAAGGACAGGUUAGUAAGAAGUCACCUCCCUGCUCCUAAACGUGAAACUUGGCUUCGUCAACCCAAGGGUAACUUUCCUUGUGGUAAUUGUAAUUAUUGUGAGAAUAUUGCUAAAACUGACAAAUUUAUGGAUGUUUUUAGCAAUAAGACUUACACUAUUAACAGUUUUAUAAAUUGCAAUUCUACCCAUGUUGUUUAUCGUUUAGAGUGUACUUGUGGCUGUUUUUAUAUAGGCCUUACUAAAAGGAGACUAAGAGACAGGGUAGCUGAACAUAGAUAUGCCAUUCGGACUGGAAAUAUGAACUAUCCAAUGGCCAAACAUUAUAUAGACGCAAAACAUGGGAGUGAUUCGACCCUAAGAGUAGUGGGCAUUGAGGCUGUUCGCCUGGAUGCCAGGGGUGGGGAUAUCAUCAAACGCCUUAAACAAAGGGAGACAUAUUGGAUCUAUUCCUUGAGGGCUACUAGUCAUCGAGGUCUUAAUGAAGACUUUGACCUCUCACCUUUUUUGUAA